GCAAUGCCCAGUAGUUGCAGCAUCCGAGCUCUAUGGAUCCUUAACAAUCAAGAUACCGUCGUCUUCUCUCGGAGGUUUUCGGUGGUCGAGAGACGUUGGAGUGUUGCUUGUAAGAAAGCAAAUGAGAAGUCUACAGAUAAUCAAGAUUCUAGUGUGUUGUUUUCUUCUCUUCCCACGGAUUUGGAACUAGCUGCUGCGUUUGCGGACCGGAAGAAGAGGGAAGGGUCUGCACAUGGGUAUGGAAUACGGGUCAAACAGUCAAUUCAAGGAUCAGAUUCAUGGGUUGAUGAUCCAAUCAUGCGUCAUAUUGUAAGUCUCCAUGUCAAGAAAGAGGAAGAUGGGGAAGAUCAUACAUUUUGGCCAUUCGUUUUGCACACCAAGGGCCAAUACUACAUCCUUGUACUGCCCUUCGUUGAACCUGUUCAUUUUAAAGCAUACAGCAUAAUAUGCAGGAGGCCUGAUUGUGGCAAUGCCGUUGGAGUUGAUGGCAGUUUGUCUUCCCUCUUGCUUCAACUUCCAUGCAUCACAGGUUUGAUUUUUCUUUACAGGGCAUUCAUGGUGGCCCAUGUUUUAGGUGACAUAAUUACGUCAGAUAUCCCAGAACCUGAAGUAGUUGUAAGCGCAGCACCUUCUGUCGGAGGGUUAUUGGAUUCCUUAACUGGAAGUAUCGGCAUUUCUGCUAGACCAAAACCUGUGGCAGCACCAGUUGCAGCCUCCACUAAUUCCAGCACCGUUGCCGGUAGUUCUGGCUCAUUAGACUCUCCAAAAAUUGGUCCCAGGAACCCGGAAAAAGAUGCACUUCGAAGUUUCAUCAGUACUGCAAUGCCAUUCGGUACACCCUUGGACAUCAGCUACUCCAAUAUUUCUGCUAUUAGGACCAGUGGCUUCUCAUCAGCUGAUGUGCCACCUGUAGACAGCAAGCAACCAGCUUGGAAACCAUAUCUCUUCAAAGGAAAACAGAGGCUGCUAUUCACAAUCCACGAGAUCGUCAACGCAACAAUGUAUGACCGAGAUGAGAUUCCCGACAGCUUAUCAAUAUCUGGGCAAGUGAACUGUCGUGCAGAAUUAGACGGACUUCCUGAUGUCCUGUUUCCGCUGAAGGGAUUAAAUAGUAAACAGGUUGAGAUAUUGUCGUUUCAUCCUUGUGCUCAAGUUCCUGAACAACAAGGUGGGGAUAAGCAGUCUGUGAUGUUUUCACCACCACUUGGUAAUUUUGUAUUAUUACGCUAUCAAGCAUAUUGCUCGUUAGGAAUUCCAAUUAAGGGAUUUUACCAGCUUUCCAUGGUCUCGGAAAAUGAAGGCGCCUUCUUAUUCAAAUUGUCUUUGAUGGAGGGUUAUAAGUCCCCAUUAACAAUGGAAUUUUGUACGGUAACUAUGCCAUUCCCCAGAAGAAAGGUAUUAGCGUUUGAGGGGACGCCUUCUAUUGGAACUGUUUCCCAUACCGACCACUCUGUUGAAUGGAAAAUUAUAACGAGCGGUCGUGGGGUUGGUGCAAAGAGUAUUGAAGCAACUUUCCCUGGAACUGUGAAGUUCGCUCCAUGGAAAACUCAAAGGCCAGCCACAUCUGGGUCUCUCCAAGGGAUUAUAGCUGAGGAAGACAGUGAUACGGAAAUGGAGUCAGCAAAUAAUAUGGUUAAUGUAGAGGAAUAUUUGAUGGAGAAAAUGAACAAGGAUCUUCCAGCAGUUGAUUUAGAAGAGCCAUUUUGCUGGCAGGCAUACAACUAUGCAAAGGUAUCUUUCAAGAUGGGCGGUACAUCUCUAUCGGGAAUGACAAUAGAUUCUAAAUCUGUAAACAUCUUUCCAUCUGCCAAGGUACCUGUGGAGUUUUCAACCCAGGUCCACUCUGGGGAUUACAUCUUGUGGAAUACAUUAGGAAAAGUCCCUGUGGCUGCUACACCAAAAAAUUGACAACUUUGCAUCCAUCCUGCAAAUGUUUUAAGUACAAGCGAGGUGCACAAUUUCCUUUCUUUUGUGUAUUGGUUUCAAACUCGACACAAACAGUGUGCAACGUUUAUUUACGUCACUCCCAUUCUCUUUUCAACAUGGACAUCAAUCGUUUCGAUUUCAUCUGUUUGAGAAUAUGUAGAACCCUAUUAGAUUACUCUUCAAAAGAGCUUUUCAAGAAAUCAUUAAGCUACUAUCAAUGUUAUAAUCAAAUUCAUCAUAAUUCUCUCUUAUACUUAUGCUCGGAAAAUAAAAAGCAUUGUUUGUUUAUAUUAGGAACGGAAUGUAUUCCUCACGCCGUCGGCAGGUUCACAAUAGAGAAAACAUCUCAUUCGAACAACAUUAUUCAAGCAUGUCGUUAAGCUCCAUUUUUUCUUUGACCUAUAGCAACUCUGAGCAAUAACCUCAACCAUUCGGUUGCUGCCAGGCGUACCACAUAAUUUAACAAAAUUCGUGGUCUUUCCUGUUAGUAUAAAUGUC